AUGGUUAAGGCUGCAUCAUUUGCUAUGGAGGAUUUUGAGUACAGUGUGCAGAUUUCAGAGCUAGACUGGGAAGCCUUCUUCCAGGUAUGUGAGGAGUGUAACAUUCUUCCUCCAGUGUUAGCCGGCCUGGAUGAUUCAGGAAUGAGUGACAUUGAUGAGAGGGGAAAUCACCGACCACGGCCUGACAUACAGUGGCAAACGCAUGAUCCAGAACAGAUUGAUGGUCCUCCAGAUUGUGAUGGGUCCCCUGUGGAUUCUUACCUGAGUAUAUAUGGGUUAAAUACUCCAGAGCAAGUUUUGUCUGGCAGUGAGGAGGACUGCCACAUGGAGACUGUUAAUGAGUUCUUUGAGAGGUUAAAAAAUGUCCCAUUAACUAGAGAUAACACAGAUGUGAGUACAUCAGAAGGCUUUGCAGAAGGUUCUGUUAAAAAGGACAGCGCUGAAAAGACAGUGAUGCCAGCAGUACCACAACACUCAUUCAGCAGUAAUCUAGCAAAUGAACAUAACUCUAAUAUGUACAUGUGUAAUGAAACUACAGAUGAUGAUUUAGAGGAAAUUAAAAAGAAAUACUCAUGUCCGGACACAGAUCUGUUUAUUAAAGAGGAGGAGUGGUCACUGGAGAUACUGAAAGAGGGAGUGAAACAGAGGGAAGAUUUGAAAUGUGAUGAACAAUGCAAGCAAAUUAUGCAACAACCAGACACUGAGAAGACUUCACACGAUGUUGGGGUAAAAUAUCUACCAGUCAUAGUCAAUGAGAAAGAUCUAACAGACCCAAACCACAAAAUGAAAGCAAGCUCUCCACUAGCACUAGGCUGUAAGUCUGACUUCAAAGAAUUACCAGUAUGUCAGGAGCAAGUCUCCUCUGUUACUCCAAGAAGAAGGAGAAGAAAGAAAAAGAGAAUAAGCGUCGAGCUAUCAGAUUCAGACUCUGGACGUGAGGGCCCAUUGCCUGGCAAACAAAGUGACUCAGAUGAAGAUACACAUACAAAAAAGGUAGAAAUUGGUAUAAGGACAUGCCGUCCACAACUGUCCGAACACUGUUGUGUAGGGACUGCUUCUGAGACUACUACUACUACUACUAAUAGCUAUUUACCAUUUCCUAAAAUGAAUAAUACUCCAGUGAGUUCCCCAGUACAUUCAAUGUCACCUUCACAGAAAUCAGAUAUCAAUCAUGCUAAAGUAGUAGGUCUUAGUUGCCCCCAAGAAAUUCCAAAAACCAUAAGACUCACCGAAAGAGUAACAGAUUCGAUAAAUAACUGUAGUCCCUCUGGGGAAUCAGAACCAGUUGGGCAGCCCGCACAAAGCAAGAAAGUAACGGAUUCAAUAAAUAACUGUAGUCCCACUAGGGAAUCAGAAGCAGUUGGGCAGCCCACCAUAAGAGCAAAUUUUACAUUUCCAGAACCUAGUGUUUCUGUGGAAAAGAUACCUCAAAGUGAUAAACCACCCACCGGUAAUUGUGCACCACAGCUAAACUCCAAUUUGUUAUUAGAAAUUAAUGCUGCCUUAAAGGAGUCAGUAGUUGCCCCUGCAUCCACUACUACUAGUGAUGCAAAAAAGGCAGUAUCAGUAAUUGAAUCUACAAAAGACAAUAAUCUGGAAUUGUCUUUGACUACUGCAGCAUUUCAGCCAACAGACCCUGCUCUCCACUCAACGUUUCCCCAUAGUCAUCAGAUUCAAAGUGAAGACACAGACAAAUCAGACACUCAGUUUGUUGAGUCUGGUGCAGCAGGUCAUAGGAAAACCUCAGCAUCAGACAACAUUUCCUGUGUAACAUUUCCUGAGAUCAAAAAGGAGGCAGUCUUUGUGGUGUCUAACCAUGAUGCUGAAGAGAAAGAGCAUUUAUCAAGUGCGACACAUGACAGAGUCCUCACAGAACACAGAAAUGGACUACAAGACAGAUCAGGAGAGACAGAUCCUGUAAACAUGGUAGAUGUCCAAAUUAGCCCCCAGCAUUCUCAAAUGACUGACAUUGACACGCAAACAUUUGAAAAUACUCAUCCAAAUGAAAUGAAUUCAGAAAUCAAGAAUAAGGUGCCAAAAAAGACAAACACAGCUGGAAUUGUCAAAGCUUCCAUGUAUUCAGAAAAUCAAGUGGACAUUUGUCCACUAUUAAACUCACAGGACACAAGUAAAAUCAAGAAAUACGUCAACAAAGAAGUAGAUACUAUUCCCCCUGUUGCUGAAAUAGUAAACAGAAAAGAAAUUUGGUCUACUGUGACUCAAACAGAUUCAACUGGUGAAACUGAAAAUUUUGAAACUGCACAUCCCGGGGCCGAAAGUGAAAUUGCUAGGGCAAAAGAAGUCAGUACAACAGAUGUAAAAGUUGGUUUCCCAAGUGGAGAAAAUAUGAAAAAAGAAAAUGUCGAAAUCCUGCUCCCUGUUACCAAAGACACUGAGACACCAUAUCCUACAUCUGAGUCAACUGGUGAAGCUCAAAGUGUAGAAACUGUAGAUACUAAAACCCAAAAUCAACUCAAAGGGGCCAAAAAAGUAAAUACAAAAGAUGCUGGAAUUCCAUCCUCUGAGACUGAAUUUCUUUUACCUGCAACUGAAGACAUGAAUGCAAAAGAUGUUGAAAUGUCUCCUGGUACAAAAGUUAUUAAUGAUGUUCUGUCUCCAGGUGCUGAAGAUGUAAAAACAAAUGAGGUCCUUAUUUUGUCCUCUGGUGCUAACAACAUACUUAGUAAACAUGUAUCUACUAUGUCCACUGGUGCUGAUGACAUUGAUAGCAAAGAACUACAAAUGUUGUCCUCUGCUGCAAAAGAGGAAACAAAAAGUGAGGCAAAUCUGCCACAUAAUGCCAUUAUAAAUACAUCUGUGACUGGCAACCCCCCAGAACAUUUACAAAAUUGUUGUCUGUUAUCAAAGGAUAAAUCUGAAAGCAUUAAUGACCUAGGUACAGAAAAUAUAGAAAACUUGUCUGUUGGUGCUAAAGAUGGGAAUAGAACGGAUCUUAAUAUGUUGUCCAGUGCUCCUAUCGUUUUUGAACCUCUCUUGCAUUCACAAAGUGAAGGUCAUACAAAAGAGACCUUAAAUGUAAGGUCAAAUGACAUACCAGAAAACAAGAAAUAUACACAUGAGAAAGAAGUAGAAACUCUGUCACCUGCUGCUAAAGAUGAAACACAAAUAUCGCAUUCAAAUAGUGAAAAUGGUACAAAAGAGAGUUCAACAUCUUCCAAACCAAUGAAUGCACCUGAAAGUAAAAACUUACCCCAUAUUAAUGAUAAUAAUGGGCAGUCUUUCAAAGAACAGAUUACAGAAUGCCAGUCUCUGAUUGGAUACUUGACUGAACCAGAGACUCAAUCUCUAGAGGACUCUAACUCAAAUCCCAACCCAUCAAUUAUUAUCACCCCUAGUGAAAAUGAAAAGCAUUACUUAAAUAGUCAAUCUUCUGAUUUAUCUGAAGACAGUGAGUUGGCACCUAGUGCAACUGUGAAUGCUGUACCAGUGACUCCUAGUUCUGAAACAAAAGAUGAAGCUCAAAGUCUAGAAACUCUAGAUACUGAUACAGUAAGUCAACCCACAACUCCUGUUUAUGCUAUAUCCUCUUUCUGGAAUGAAAUGGAGAAGCUAACAAUUAAUGACAUUUUGCGACUUCGCCAAGUUGGUGAAGCUCAGCAUCCCAGUGUGCUACUCCAGCCAGAAAACAGUAGUAUCGCAGAUCCGACAGAUGCAGCAGAUUCGGGAUACUUUACCCAAUUCGACGAAUAUAAACCUGACCGCUCCAGUGGAGAUAUGUCAUUCAUAUCUGAUUUUGAUGAAGAUCUCACUCAACUCAUGAACCAGGAUGCCAAACUAGAUGAAGAUUCCCAAGGGUCUCCUAACCCGAUGGGCAUUAUGUGGGAAUGUGAUCCAAAUCUGUCUGGAACUGGUACCGGAAUGGAAGAUGUGUUCAUGCUAGAUUCCAAAACAGCCACCCUGUCAUCUUUCCACAAGGAUAAUUCUCAUCCAGGCUUCAGGAAGAUGUGUAAAAACAUUAGCAUCCAGAACCUCCAAAGUCUUGAAACUCAACCUCUUAAGAAAAUUCUGAGAAAUGCUUCUUGGCACUCUAUUCAUUCUGUUUACUCAGCUCAUUCAGAAGUUGAGGAUGACUCUGUAGAUCCUUUCGAUCGUGUAGAAACUUCAUCCCCAGUGUAUCUCUCAGAUGAGGAGGAGGAGUUAGAUAAUGCCGGCGUUACUUUUUCUGAGAUCCUGGAGUAUCUAUUUGGUGCGGAAGAACCUGAACAUUCCGUCUCUGCAGCAGAGACCGUAGGUACUUCUUAUAUCAUUGGAGCUGGGUCCUCUGUGCCUGAGAUGUAUGACCAUUUCUUCUCAGAGUUUGAGGCUGAAAGUUUCUUUUACCCAGUCGCAGAGGACAACAGCAGCAACAAAGAUGAAAUGAUUCCCAUUUUUUCCUGCUCUCGUUCUUCUAGCAAAAACCUUCAGUUUCCUGAAGUGUAUGAUAGUUUCUUCACUGAUGAUUCACCAGUCCACUCUGAUGAGGAUGAGGAACCUGACCACACAGUCAUACGGGUAAUAACGCGACAUGACCACGUGUCGACCAAGAACCAAGGCGCAUUAACGGCAGUGGACACAUUUGAAGAAAUUUUUCCUGAGAAAGAUUAUACCUGGAACUUCAUGAGUAAGAACCCUUUUUCGUUUAGAAAAAUUCGACGCACGGGACUCCCAGUUCCAUCUGAGAGGUCCAACUCUUGGGCUCUGACUCAUGUGAACAACAGGACAUUUCAAAAAAGAAUUCAAUCAAUACAUGCAUUAAGCACUGAUGUGAGCCCAAUCCCAGAUCCAUUACUAGUCAGCCUGGAAAACCGCAUCUUCAGACAGCUGGCUGUGCAGCAGAAGAUUUGCAGGGAGAUACAGAACGUUGUUGCUGAUCCAAGAGUAGAUGCACCACUUGUGUCACUAAAACAAGCAGAUAUGUGCUUAGUUUGCAUUGCCUUUGCCUCGUGGGUCCUGAAGUCUGUUAACCCUCAGGGAGCAGAUAACUGGAAAGCUGUUCUGUUGGCAAAUAUAAGUGCCCUCUCUGCCAUUCGAUACCUUCGGAGAUUCACGAGGGAUGAGGCUGCUAAGAUUACUCCACUGCGUCAGAUAGAGCCUGCAUAGAUACCAACAUGACCCUAAGAGUGCUGCCAGGUCCCCUUUCAGUUGCUCAUCCUAUUUUCCAAUGUUACCCACCCUAAAAAUGAAUGACUGUCAUAAGAUGAUAUGAUACAAAAAUCAUGUGAAUAUCUAACACACUAUAUGGCCAAAUGUAUUUAGACACCCAUUUUUUAAAAAUGGUAUUAAAAUAAAGUGACCUCUAUGUGACUUUUUCAGCUAUAACAACAGCCAGUUUUCUGAGAAGGCUUCUCACAAGACUUUGAAAUAUGUCUGUAGGAAUUUUUGCUAGUUCAUCAAAAGUACAUCUGUAAGACAGCACACUGAUGUUGGUCAAGAAAUUCUAAAUUGAUGUUUCAGUUCAUUCCAAAGCGGUUCAGUGGGGCUGAGGUCCGGCUCUGUGCAGGUCACUUGAGUUUCAUUCAAACAAGCUUUGUUCAAACAAGCAAAGUUGGAUGCAAAUAAUUUCCUUUCUAUAACUGAUUUAUUACACCUGUUAGCAAUUGUUGUGGCUGAAACACAUGAACUCAAAAAUUACAAGGUAAAACAACAUUCAUGUUCAUUUUGUUAAUCUUUAAAGCAAAACACAGCUAUGAGCUGUGAGUGAAAUGACCAAAUCCAUUUGUGUGAUAGUGUAUACUAGUUGUGUUGAAAUGUGAUUUGAUUUUUUUUUAAUUAAUGAAAGAUUUUUUCAGAAUAUUAAAAGGAAGUUGGAAUUGGUAAGUUAUACUAAGAUCAACUGAAGACAGGUAAUAAAUUGAUCUGAAAGAUAUGGAAAGGUAAAAGGUGUGAGUGCUACAUAGCUUUAUGGUAGUAGAUUACUGCAGUAGCUUGGCACCCUGUCCAGCGUGGAUUGAUGCACUGUGCCUAGUGUUUCCAACUGGUGCCAGAUCCACUGCAGCCUUAAUCAGGAUGGAGAAGACAUUAAAGAUAAGACUGGGUAUGUUGAAAAACAUAAGGUAAACAGGAAAACUGAAUAAAACUAAGUAAAUAAGAACUUAAAACACACCUGCACACCUGUGGCAAUAAAAUGUCUGUAGCCAUUUAUGUGAUGAAAGAUUAGGAAAUUACGUAAAUGUUUGAAUUUGGGUGGCUGCACAUUGGCAGAGUAAGUAUUGUUUAUGCUUCAGGGUCAAGGAUCUGUUCUUGACCUUAGGUACUUCCUGUGUAAUGAAAUAUUACUGCUGUGUUUAUACAGGUUUUUAAACACCUCCUAAACAUAUGCUGGUACAUGUAUUAGCUACACUGUGUGUUAAUGAGUGUGUGAUGCUCUGAGAUUGUCUAUUGAUCUAAUUAAAAUACAGCAGUUAUGGAAAAUGAGUAAUUAUUUCACUGUCAACAAAUUGUAGAGAGAAGACAUUACACAAAAUAUACUGAGACUGCAAGGUUCAUGUAUGUUCAAAUGUACAGUAUGUUUAUUAAAAUAAUGGAAUAUUUCAUUGUGGGUCCAGGUACAAAAAUGUUGUU